CGAUAGCCGUAGAAUGAGAGAACCAAGAUGUCGGCGCUCAAGAGAAAGCGUGGAGGAAAAGGUGGCGGAGCCAAAAAUACGAAAAAAGUUAAAUUUGCGGAAAAUGGAGAAUCCAAAACAAAUGUUACUACAGACCAAGAACAGAAGAAUGAAAUCAACAUUCCAGCACCCGUUUCAAUGGGAAAAUGGAAAAACAAAGAACGUGUUCUGGUCUUUUCUUCCAGAGGUAUCAACUUCAGAACUAGACAUUUAAUGCAGGAUCUAAGGACCAUGAUGCCUCAUGCUAAAGCUGACACUAAAAUGGAUCGAAAAGACAAGCUGUUCGUUGUUAAUGAGGUGUGCGAAAUAAAGAACUGUAACAAGUGCAUAUAUUUUGAGGCAAAGAAAAAGCAGGACCUGUACAUGUGGAUUGCUAAUGUCCCCCAUGGACCCUCAGCCAAAUUUCUGGUUCAGAAUGUGCACACACUUGCAGAGCUCAAAAUGACGGGUAACUGCCUUAAAGGAUCCAGACCACUUCUUUCAUUUGACCCUCAAUUUGACAGUGUUCCCCAUUACUCUCUGCUGAAGGAGCUGUUCAUCCAGACAUUUUCAACGCCUCAGUAUCACCCAAAGAGCCAGCCAUUUGUGGAUCACGUCUUCACAUUUACAAUCGCAGACAACAGGAUAUGGUUCAGGAAUUACCAGAUCAUUGAAGAGGAUGCAUCACUGGUGGAAAUUGGGCCCCGCUUUGUGUUGAAUCUCAUCAAAAUAUUUCAAGGAAGCUUUGGUGGGCCUACACUCUAUGAAAACCCACAUUUCCAGUCCCCUAACAUGCAAAGGCGAAUGGUCCGCUUGGCUCUGGCUGCUAAACAUCGGGAGCGCCAGCUUGUGCGGGAGAUUCAGAAGGCCAAGAGGAUGGAAACAAAAGAGGUCCUGAAGGAAGAUGUGACGGACGAUGUCUUUGACACCCCUUCGGCAGAGAAACCGGUGGAGAUUGAGCUGGAGGCACCCCCUCCCAAGCCGCCAAAGAAAGGCAAACUCACAGAGCUUAGAAGGAAGACCAGACUGAAGCGCAAGGGUAUACGUUAAAGUAUAUCUGUCAAAAAGAGACUGGUGUGUUUUCACAUUAAAUUGUUAUAGAUACUGGACAUGUUAAAGAAUCUGUUGAUGCGGAAAGAGAUUUUAUUUGAAAUUUAAGGUAGAUUGUCCUGUGUCCCAAGGGCCUCUGUAUCUGCUGUGUCAAAUUAUCUCCCAAAACUGUUGUGUCCUUUAUGGUUAAGUGGAUGUAUGCUAUAAAGAUAUUUUCAUCAACAGGU